AAAUACCGCCACCCCAUCGACGCCGUACCAUCGCCAGUUCCCCACCGACAUCGCCGCCGGAUAGAUAAUCCCAGCCCAAACCCAACCAGACCCGAUCCCCGCGCGCAUUCCCCCCGCUCCCCGCCCCGGAUCCGACCGUCCGUCCACCACCGACCGCGCCGCGCGACCGCCGGGGGAGAGAGGUUGAGCAUGGCGAGCGGGGGCAGGACGGAUCUGGACGGCGGCGCCGUGGCGCCGCUGACCAUCUGCGUGAUCGGCGCCGGCGGCUUCAUCGGCUCGCACCUCUGCGAGAAGCUCAUGGCCGAGACCCCGCACACCGUCCUCGCCGUCGACGUCUACUGCGACAAGAUCCGCCACCUCGUCGACCCGCCCCCGCCCCACCUCGCCGGCCGCAUCGCCUUCCACCGCCUCAACAUCAAGAACGACUCCCGCCUCGAGGGCCUCAUCAAGAUGGCCGAUCUGACGAUAAACCUGGCGGCGAUCUGCACGCCGGCGGACUACAACACGCGCCCGCUCGACACCAUCUACAGCAACUUCAUCGACGCGCUCCCCGUGGUCAAGUACUGCUCGGAGAACAGCAAGCGCCUGAUCCACUUCUCCACGUGCGAGGUCUACGGCAAGACCAUCGGCAGCUUCCUCCCCAAGGACCACCCCCUCCGCAAGGAAGCUGAAUUUUAUGUGCUGACAGAAGAUGAGUCACCCUGCAUCUUUGGUCCAAUCGUGAAACAGAGAUGGUCCUACGCGUGCGCAAAGCAGCUUAUCGAGAGGCUUGUUUUUGCUGAAGGCGCAGAAAAUGGCCUUGAAUUCACGAUUGUGAGACCUUUCAAUUGGAUUGGGCCAAGGAUGGACUUCAUUCCUGGCGUUGAUGGUCCUAGCGAGGGUGUUCCUCGGGUUUUGGCUUGCUUCAGCAACAAUCUCCUGCGCAGAGAGCCCCUGAAGCUUGUCGAUGGCGGCGAGUCCCAGAGAACUUUUGUUUACAUCAAGGAUGCCAUUGAAGCUGUUCUUUUGAUGAUUGAAAACCCUGCUCGAGCCAAUGGUCAUAUCUUCAAUGUUGGGAAUCCUGACAAUGAAGUCACUGUUAGGGAGUUGGCCGAAAUGAUGACAGAGGUCUACGCUAAGGUCUCAGGAGAGCCCCCGCUGGAGGAGCCUGUGAUCGACGUGAGCGCGAAAGAAUUCUAUGGGGAAGGGUACGACGACAGCGACAAGAGGAUCCCCGACAUGACCCUGAUCAACAAGCAGCUAGGGUGGAACCCCAAGACCCCUCUCAAGGACCUGCUGGAGACGACGCUGACCUACCAGCACAAGACCUACAAGGAGGCCGUCAAGACGCAGAUGUGCCUGGCCACGGCGACGCCUUCAAGCUAGACGGGCUCUUGAUCUUUUGGAAGCCAGAUACUUAUAUCGUAGUGAAACAAACCGUCGUCGUCGUCGUUUUUGUCGCGCCUCUAGAUCCCACCCCACCCACCUAUCUUCUUACCUACCUAGAUUCGUCGUCAUUGUGUAACCCUAUAUCGGGCAAAGGGAACUGAGUAUCUGAGUAUCUAUUAUAUACCUGUGGUGGCAGUGUUUGUUACAUUUUGUUGGUUGGUUGCACCUCCCGUGCUAUUCUUUUGCUGUUAGUGAGAGAGAUAUAUUCUUGUUCGGCAUAGCUGAUUAUGAUGA